CAAUCGCCUGUUCCACAGUGAUGCGACGAAUCGUCAUAGUAUCUUUCAAUGACAAUUCUACCGCCUGAAUGGAAUGCCAUGUAGCUCCAUACAAUCUAGCAGACAGCGCUAAUUGAUCCAUUCGGAUGUCGAAUCUGUUCAGAUCGUGAUGGUCAUCGGCCAUCGCGUCCGUCUACUGCUUGGGGGGCGAUCUUGUGGCGCCUACAUAAGUAGGUUGUAAUAGACCUUGCUCGCCUUCACACAGUUUCUCCCUCUCUAUUCCAACCAAUACGAUAUCCGCUGAUACUGUAUUUCUUGCACAAUGGCUCCUUCUGCAACUCAAAGCGCCCCUGACGCCGGUCAGAACGGCAACAUCCACCGCGAUUACAAUGAGGACCGCAAUGCAUCUUCCGGCGAGACCCUUUACACAACCUCAGCCGGUGCACCGAUCCCGCAUCCCUACGAGACGCAGAGAGCUGGCGAGAACGGCCCUCUCCUCUUGCAAGACUUUCACUUGAUCGACUUGCUCUCACAUUUCGACCGUGAACGCAUCCCGGAACGUGUCGUGCACGCCAAGGGUGGAGGUGCCCAUGGAUACUACCAGACGACCGAAACCCUGGAAGACCUUUGCAUGGCCGACCUCUUCCAGCCCGGCAAGAAAUGUCCCAUCACUGUCCGCUUCUCCACAGUUGGUGGCGAGUCCGGUUCUCACGAUUGCGCUCGCGACCCUCGUGGCUUCUCUGUCAAGUUCCGUACCGACGAGGGUAACUGGGACGUGGUCGCCAACAACACGCCAGUGUUUUUCUUGCGAGACCCGGCGAAGUUCCCAUACUUCAUUCACACACAAAAGCGUGACCCUUCGACUCACCUGACUCACGCGGAUGACUCUACCGUCUUCUGGGACUAUCUUUCUCAAAACCCUGAAUCGGUCCACCAAGUCAUGAUCCUGAUGGGCGACCGAGGUAUUCCUGAUGGCUGGCGCAAGAUGCACGGCUACUACGGCCACACCAUCAAGCUCAUCAACAAGCAGGGCGAGUGGGUCUACGCUCAGAUGCACAUGAAGAGCAAGCAGGGUACUGCAUUCAUUACCCAGGAGGAUUCUGCCAACUACUCUCCUGAUUACGCUCAGAAGGACCUUUACGACUCCAUUGAGAAGGGCGACUACCCUGGCUGGGAUGUCAUGUUCCAGACCAUGACUGCGAAGCAAGCCGAGGAUCUUUGGGAAACUCAGAAGAUCAACAUUUUCGAUCUGACCCAUGUCUGGCCUCAUCAGCAAUUCCCUCUUCGCAAAGUCGGAGAGUUCUUCCUCAAUGAGAACGUCAAGAAUUACUUUUCCGAGAUCGAGCAGAUUGCCUACAGCCCUUCCCACUUCGUCCCUGGAAUUGAGCCAUCAGCAGAUCCCGUCCUUCAGUCCCGUCUUUUCUCCUACCCCGACACUCACCGCCACCGUAUCGGCACCAAUUACAACCAACUUCCUAUCAACGCACCUCGCACACCUUACCGGGUGGCAAACUUCCAACGCGAUGGUGCUAUGGCCUUCUACAACCAAGGCUCGCGACCCAACUACCUUAGCUCGAUCGACCCCAUCGCCUUCCGGGAACGCCAUAUGGAUGUAGACAAGGUCCACGGCCACUUCACCGCCGAGUCCAUUUCCUUCCUUUCCGAGGUCCGCGAAGAGGACUUCAGGGCUCCUCGCGCUCUCUGGGAGAAGGUCUUCGACGACGGUGCCAAGGAGCGCUUUGUGAACAACGUAUCUGGCCACAUGGCCAACUGCCGCAAGGAGGAGAUCAUCAAGCGCCAGAUCGCUAUUUUCCGCGAAGUAUCAGAGGAUCUCGCAUCAAGGCUAGAGAAAGCUACCGGCGUCAAGGGCUAUGACGGAAUCUCCGGCUUGAAGUUCAAUGGCACCCACAAUGGCUUGGCGAAGGACCGCGAGAGCCGAGGUGCUAACGGACUCUCGACCAAGGUUGCGAGCAGCAUCAAGGCGAGCAAUGGUGCUCCGAUUGCAGGCAUGCACCGCACAGUGCAAGCCGCUAACUGAUGAGAUACAUGUUACAGUUUACGUUAACGUUUGCGGGCAAGGUUGGGAGUUACGGCUGUUUGGAGUUUGUUGCAAGGCAUUUUUUUAGUAUGAUUACAUGGGCAUCUUAGUACACAGCACAAUGAAUUGUUCAGCUUUUCCGAAGCAUUCUGCAAACGUAUCU